UGGUCAGUACAUUUUCCAUAUAUAUAAUUAUAUACACACAUACAUACUAAGUACAUGUACAUGUAUGCUGCUGAUUAACCUGCAGAGAAAAUGACAUGAGCAGUACAGGAGUAAAGAGAAAUAGAUAUCACGUAACACGAGCAUACAAAAUGAGUAAGUGAAUAAACAAAUAAUAAAUAGUGUAAGUUUAAGAGAGAAAGUGACGGAGAGACGAGCAGCAGCAGGAGAAAGAGUUAGCUGGUGUAUGUAGAGGGUACAGAGCAUAACACAGAGCAGGCAGAGGCAGGAUAUACACAAGUUUGAGUUUGUUUUAGUUGAAGCAGUACAGGGAUAGGAUAAGGAGCAGAGCAGGCGUACUGGGUUUUAACGAGAACGAGUUGAAUAUAAGUAAAGUAAAGGCAUAAAGAGAAAGAGCAAAUGAAACUGUAGCGGUAGCGGUGAUGGUUGAUAUGAUGAUAUUGGUGAUGGUGGUGGACGUGGUGAGUUUGUGUUGCCUGUAGCGAGUGUGCUGAUGCUCAUGUCAGAAAAGUUUCAGCGUGCCAAUGGACAGUGGUGAUGGUAGUGGUGUGCUGGUAUAGGUGUAUAAGGUACAGAAGACCAGCACCAGCACUAGCAGUCAGCAGUGUUGUGGUGGUAGGGUAGGGAGAAAAGCGUGAACGCGAACCGAGUAGCGAGAGCACGACGAGAGGGAGGAGUAGCGCUGCUUCCUGUUGUUGGCGUUAGCCUAAAAAAAGGUUCUACUAAUGUAAUAGUUGAAUCUCAAGACCGAAUGUAUUCUCAAUGCGACGAAAAUGGUGAAGUGUGGCGAGAAGUGGGCAUUGAGUAAGGCCUUGGACAUUUCAAACCAUGACAGAAGCCUCGGACGAUGGUAACUAUCUGGUGAGAGUUCAAGCCCAGGUGAUGACGAGGGAUGACAGCUCUGGGGGAUGGGUGAUAUUGAGUGGUGGAGGCUUAGCCAACGUCUCAGUAAGACGACGAGUAACCUCCUCCACAAGUGGAAUACCACAUCCACCUGGCAGUACCAAUGGCACCAAUGUACCUGGUAUCACUGCUGUCAUCUCUCCGUCAUCAUCAAACACUCAAAACUCUACGCCUGGGACAGUUGCCUCCUCCGCUGGCCAUGGAUCCAGCACUUCGCCACCCAGUGCCAAGAGAAAUCACGAGUAUUUUAUUUACGGCAGAAGAAUCAAGGACCAGUCGGUUGUUCUGAGCUGCACAAUCAAGAAGGACUUCCAGUACAACAAGGUGAUGCCGACGUUCCACCACUGGUGCACGGGGGAGAAGAGGUUCGGACUGACGUUCCAGACAGCCGCUGAUGCCCGUGCCUUCGACAAAGGUGUUCGCCGAGCAGUAGAAGAACUGUUGGAAGGGCUCACCGAUUCAUCAUCACCUGCAAUUCCAGACGCCGGUGACGACGGUGUUUUCAUGACAGUGAACCUCCCAGCAGAGCCACCGGAUCCACGACAAUCCUCAGAUCCACCUCGUGGAAUAGUACGUGUACCAAAUUAUCAUUCCCAAUGCCCAGAGUUGCCGGAUCCGCAUAAAUCCAGUUCAAUUCACUGCAUAAGCGGCGGCCCAUCGGUCAAGGUCCCACAAAGCCAUCAUCCCCUCGAGUCCAGUGGCGACGUAGCGUCCGAUAAUUAUUCCUACGUCCAGCUCACGACUCUCAAUCAUGAUUAUCUUUAUCCCGUGAUCGACGAACACAAGACCGAUCGAAGUCCCGUGGAGCGACGUCACUCUUCCGGUUCGCUCAAGAAACCCGACAUAAUUGUAUCGCAGCCAACCAAGAAUACAAGUAAACAGCAGCGUGGUAGUGCCAGACUUAAGUGUCGGCAUUGCCAGGAAAUGUAUAUGGAGCAUCAAAACCCUCGAGGAUCGUGUGAGUACGCGCCCGAUGCCGUUAAAAAUGGUAUUGCCACAGUAUCCUGUCUCUUGUGUGCUCGCUGUAUGCUCUAUCACUGCAUGAGCGACGCCGAGGGAGACUUUUCACAAAAUCCUUGCAGUUGUAGUACAGACGAAGGAUGCUGCCGGCGAUGGUUCGGCCUGGCUUUACUCUCACUAAUAGUUCCAUGUCUAUGGAUGUAUCCACCACUGCGUGCUAUCCACUGGUGUGGGAUGAGCUGCGGCAUUUGCGGAGGCCGUCAUCAUCCAUCAGAAUAACGUGAGGGACCCUUUGAUAUCUCUGGACCGUUUACGAUAACAGAGCCGCAGUAUCAAUCGACACGCGGUGCCGUGGCAAAUGUAUAUGAAUGCCAUGAUUUGAGUAUGGGACGGUGCCAGAGAUACCAAAGGGGCAGACAGCUUCCAGUUCACGCGCUCAUACAUCAGCGUCAUUUGUGAGUACUUUCAAAUGAAUUCUUCAGUGUCCUCGUCAAUGUCCUCCUCUACGUCUUCGUCGACACCGUUGUCUUUAGAUUAUAUGACCUUUAACAUUACAGCAGAGUUUAUAUAUAUAUAUAUAUAUAUAUAUAUAUAUAUAUAUAUAUAUAUAUACUUAGUGCUUAUGUACUAGCGGGAGAAGGUAAAGAAGCUGGUUAUGAAACGGCAAGAGGAGGUAAUGAAACAGGAAGAAAAAGAUUUAUGAGUACUAGUUGAAGAUGAAGUUUAAGUUUAAGCUAAGGGUAAAAAUCGAGUAAUGCGGAGGUGGAUAAUGUUGAAGUAAUUACAAUUACAUAUGAGUUUUAACUGACUAUGACAACGAUUUGCUCUCUUAGUUUGUUGUAUAAUUUAUUGGGCAAAUUAUCUCAUGCCGAUAAUAAUUACAGCAAAUCGACAUCCUGAUCGUUAACGAUUUUAAAAUAUUGGCCAUGACUUUUAUUAAUUUUUUAAGAAAGUUUUUUAAAAAAAUUAAUUUAUGCUUUACGUUGCAAUUUUUAUUUAAAACUGCUUCCUAUUGUAUACUUUCUUCGUUUUUUUUUGUUUUUUUUUUUUUUAACAAUUUUUCUAUUCUAUUUAAUAAUUUUAUUGAAGACUUUUUUUUAUAAAAAACGUUUUUUCAGAUAUUUGAUAUUUUGUCUAUUACUAUUACAAUAAUGAUAAUAAUAAUUAUUAUUAAUAUUUAUAUUAUUUUACAUAUGUGUCAUGAUUAAUUUAUAAAACUAUAUAAAUUUGCUUGUGAUUAAUUUCUUCGUGUGUUUUAACAAUGUUAAGAAACUCCAAAGAGAAUUAAUGGAAAGCUAGAUACAUUCAUGAAUGUAAUUGAACGGUGCGUGGGUGUAAAAUAAUUUACCAGACACUGAGAAACACUCAAUCUUGAUCUAGUGAAUUUUAUGGUACAACUGUUUUAUUUAUGACAAGGAAAAACAUCUUUUUAUUUAUCACAAAAACGAUAAUAAAUAAUAAUAACUUUAUUUGUUAUUACUUAUUUAUUUAUUUAUAUAUUUAUAGUUUUUUUUUCAUUAACAUUAUAUAUUUUAACUAACAUUAAAAAAGUCGCAAAGCUCAAUUUUAUUUUUGCACAAAGUUAAUAAAAAUAUUUAAGUGGCUAUUAUUUUAAAUAGUAUAUUGUGUGACGAUGGAUAAAACAACGAUUUCAGACCAGGGUGAAGGCUGACAUUACCCGCAGGUGGAAAUCGUGUUUCGUCCUGGGUUACACACUAAAUUAUUCAUGAUUACCUGCAUUGGAACUCAAAGUUUCAGUGUCAGCAGCCAGAAACGAGUUAAUUUAAGACCAAUGGUCAUCAACUAUUAGCGUAAGCGUUAAUUGUCAUUUGCAAUUUAUAAUUAAGCAGAAACUAUAAAUACUUUUUAUUAUUGACACUAAAUUUUAUAAAACUUAAUCACAGUCAGAACUGUCAUUUACAUAAAUAAAAUUAAUGCUUUGAAAUGACUAUUAAAAAAAUGACAAGUAUCAGAGUUUAAAUUGCGAAAGUCUUCUGUCAUUAUUUGUUUGUUCCGUCGGGACGAAACAAGUUUACUUCUGCUCGCUGACUGAAGGCAUUGACAAUUUACGCGUAUGCUAAUAUUAUUCGCGGCAUUGGACUGAAAUUAGCUUCUUUCGAUUGGUUGUCAAGACACUGAAACUUUAAAUUUCGAUGCUGGUAUCAUGGAAUAGUUUAUUACACACCUAGAGAGGAAAGUAGGACAUUCCGACUCGUGUGUAUAGUUAUUUUCACCAUACCCUCACUGAAAGUUUAUAUUCCUGCCCUGUUUAUAGAGAAGAAAAUCGUUCUUUUAUGAGGAAAAUGACGAAAAUUAGCACAUGCGCCAUUCUUUCCUCAAAUAGCGACAAAAGUAUAAACUUUCAGGUGCCGAUCUGGUGAAAAAUCAUAUAGACACCACGGAGGCAGGUAGGACGUCCUAAUACCCGUGUUUGAAAUGUUCUACUUUCCUCCCUAGCUGUGUAAUAUACCAUAAAUGUCAUGGACAUAAUUUUAAAUUGCAAUCAAAGGCCGGCAAUCAAAUUGAAUUUCUGGAUUUUAGAUUUCUAAUUACGUUUUAAAUAUUUACGGGACUCGUAUGAUGAAAAUCUUCCAAGGAAGUUCGUUUCGCGCAUUUUCUCCAAAGCUGGAAAAAUCGAUGUAAUGAUAAUAAAUUAUUAAAUUGAUAGAAAUAUAAAUUCGAGGAAUUUGUCGUGUACUGCCCAGGUUUAAAAGUAAAUGAAUCUCCAGAUAUAAAAAUAAAUAAAAUGGUUCCCCGCUCUAUGUCUCUAGUAUUCUAGUGAACCCCCGAGCUUUCAGUGUACAAUUUACUGGGUACGAAAAAAAAAACUUUAGAAAAACGUACGUAGUUAAUAAUUAAUUAAUUAAUAAUAAUAAUAUUAAUUUAAGAAAUAUAAAUUAAAAUAAAAAAAAGUGAAGAAAAUUUUUCUCCCUGAAUUUAACAUACGCGUAAUUUAUUAUUAUAUAAUAAUGUAUGUGUAUGAUUAUGUAUGCGUGGUAUAUAAUGAUAGAAAAAAAAAUUAAAUGAAUAAAUAAGAUAAUGUUUUAUGUAAAAAUUGAGGUAGUGUGUAAGUGAUUAAAUUAAGUAGUAUUGCUAAGAACCAUUGAGUAUUUCUUAUAAUAUCGAUUUGUUUCCCUUAAAGAACGCAACCGGAAACACAAUGAAGCUUUAAUGUCGCUUAACUUCGAAUUUUAAUUACAAUUAACACACGUCUGUCAUUAAUUAAUUUAUAAUUUUAUUAAUUUACUUAUUAAUUCAUUAUAAUUUUGUCAUUUAUUAUUUUUAAUUAACUUGUCAUUUAAAAAUUAAUUGCGUUGAAACUCAAUUGCAAUCACACAUAAAAAAUGAAUUGUAAUUUGCGAUAAAAAAAAAUUAAUAAUAAAUAUGUAAACAAAAAUAAGUACAGCCAAUUAAAUAAAAUGAAUAAUUAUUUUUUUUAUUUAAGUAAUGAAGAUUUAUUUUAAUUGUAUGCUUUUUUUAUUGGUUGUAUCAUGGAGCAAAAUACUUACAUUUAUUUAAAAUUGAAAGGAAAUGAUGAGUAAAAAAAAUGUAAGUACGAAUGCUUCUUUAGAUUAUAAAAAAGAAUAAUAAGAAUGAAUAUUAAAAAAUAAAAUAAAAUAAAUAAAAAGAAGAACAAACGUUAGUGUAUUCGAUUUUAUAUUGACUUUUUUACAGUUUUGUAUGUUAAAAAUGUUAAAUAUGUACUCUUGAAGGCUCACAAGAGUACACUAUUAUCAUUUUUUGCUUUAGGAUAUCACGUUUUAGAGUUAAAAAUGUUAUUUUUUACACUCCUAUGCACAUCCAUUUUAAAAUUUUAUUAGUUUACUAGACGACAAAAUUUUAAAAUAAAUUAUUAAUAUUUAAAUAUAAAUAACUAUUUAAAAAGUAAUAAAUAAAUAAUCAUAUUAUUAAAUUAUUGUACUGAAUGUAUAAAUAUUUAAAUGACAAGCUGAGGAGAAAAAAUAUUUAACACUUGAAGGAUCUGUUGGAAUUAUAUUUGAUAUAAAAAAAGAAAAAAAUUAUUAAAAAAAAAAAAAUAGUAAUAAUAAUUAUUUGAAAUAAAUAUUUUUAUUUUUCCGUGUAAUUAUUGUACGUGCCGAGAUAAUUCGGUGCACUUUUGAGAUUAAGUGGUGAUAAUAUUUAAUUAAAAUGAAAAUACGCUUGUCGUUUUGUGUCAUAAAAAUUUAAAUUACAAUUUAUAUAAAUUAAUUUUUAAAUUCAUUAUAUUAUAAAUUAUUCAAUCAUUGGACUUCCUAUUAAAAUAUUUGGUUUCUAUUAUUAUUAUUAUUAUUAUUAUUAUAUAUAUAUAUUUUUUUUCAUAAAUUUUAAUACUUUUAGAUAAUUUUCAUUUAAUAAUUAAUAUUUUCAAUUAAAAUUAAAAUAUCGCGAUAAUUAAAUGAUUUAUUUAUU